AUGGGGACCCGCUCGGGAGACCUGCCCCAGCCCCAGCCCCAGGUGACCGCGGCUCUGUCCCUGUCCCCCUUCGCCCUGUCCCCAUCGCCGGGGACAUAGUGGGGGGAAGGAGGCAGGGGGGAGGUGGCACCCCAAAUAGCAGCCGCCUCAGGGUUGUGAGCUAGAUGCAGGUGGCAAAGGAUGGGGGAGGAGAUUGAGGGGGGGUGGUGAAGCCCAGGACCAAGGGGACACACUGGGGACAAGGUGGGAUGCUGCAGCUGGGACUCGCCGCCUUCCCAGCACCUGUGGGAUGCUGCAGGCUCCCCCAGCAUGGUGGGGACCCCAGCGGGCUUUGUGCAUUUGGGACACCCUGCUGCAACGCCAGGUCUCAGAGCAGGGGGCCCGCACCCCUCCCGGGGGUGGCCGGGCGAUGUCCCUGCGUCCCCAGUGUCCCCAGGAGGCCACUGCCCCGUUCCCAUGGCUCGCCCGGCAGGACGCUGACCCGCCUGCUGCCUCUCCCUGCCUGCCAGGACGCCAGCCCGGCCCUCGCCCACGUCCCCGCCGGCUCCCCGCAUCCCCACGGGAUGGGCAGGGGCCCCGCGGUGGAUGCCGUCCCCCCCCCGGCCCGGCAGCAGUUCGACAUGCUCUACAAGAUCGAGGACGUGCCCCCCUGGUACCUCUGCAUCCUGCUGGGCUUCCAGCAUUACCUGACCUGCUUCAGUGGCACCAUCGCCGUCCCCUUCCUGCUGGCCGAGAGCCUGUGCGUGGGCAAGGACCAGCUCACCGUCAGCUACCUCAUCGGCACCAUCUUCACCUGCGUCGGCAUCACCACCCUCAUCCAGACCACCGUGGGCAUCAGGCUGCCCCUGUUCCAGGCGAGUGCGCUGGCCUUCCUCGUCCCUGCCAAGUCCAUCCUGGCGCUGGAGAAGUGGCGGUGCCCACCUGAAGAGCAGAUCUACGGCAACUGGACGCUGCCGCUCAACACCUCCCACAUCUGGCAGCCCCGCAUGCGAGAGAUCCAGGGGGCCAUCGUGGUGUCCAGCCUGGUGGAGGUGGUGAUCGGGCUGCUGGGGCUCCCCGGGGCGCUGCUCAGCUACAUCGGGCCGCUGACCGUCACCCCCACCGUCGCCCUCAUCGGCCUCUCCGUCUUCCAGGCCGCCGGCGAGCGGGCUGGCUCGCACUGGGGCAUCGCAGCGCUGUCCAUCAUCCUCAUCGUCCUCUUUGCCCAGUACCUGAGGAACGUCACUGUGCGCCUGCCCGGGUACCGCUGGGGACGGGGCUUCAUCCUGCUGCAUGUGCAGAUCUUCAAGAUGUUCCCAAUCAUCCUGGCCAUCGUGGUGGUGUGGCUGCUCUGCUACCUGCUGACGUGCACCGGCGUCUUCCCCAGCAGCCCCGAGGAGUACGGCUACAAGGCCAGGACAGACGCACGCGGCGAGAUCCUCUCGGUGGCACCCUGGUUCCGUGUCCCCUACCCCUGUCAGUGGGGGCUGCCUACGGUGACCUCGGCGGCCGUGCUGGGCAUGUUCAGCGCCACGCUGGCCGGCAUCAUCGAGUCCAUCGGGGAUUACUACUCCUGCGCGCGGCUGGCGGGAGCGCCCGCUCCCCCAGUGCACGCCAUCAAUAGGUACAGCCAGAGCCAUGGGGACGGGGACAGGGACGUUGCUCUGUGCCCCAGCAGGUGCCUUCCGCCUGCACCUGGCUCCAAAUCUGCACCCUUGGCUGCUUUGUGCCUUGGUUCCCUGGUGGUACCGGGCCUCCUCCUCCUCCCCACUGCCAUGUCCCGGCACCUCCGGGUACGUCCCCACCAUCCACCCCAGGGGACGUCCCCUCCCGUUCAUCCCCCAGGGGCAUUUUCACAGAGGGCAUCUCCUGCAUCAUCGCGGGGCUGCUGGGAACCGGCAACGGCUCCACCUCCUCCAGCCCCAACAUCGGCGUCCUGGGCAUCACCAAGGUACCGCCCGCACCCCACGCGGGUCCCCGGCUCGGCGUGGGGACGGCCGCCGCCACGCACUGCCCCUGUCCCCGGGCAGGUGGGGAGCAGGAGGGUGAUCCAGUACGGCGCCGGGAUCAUGAUCUUCCUGGGGACCAUCGGCAAGUUCACCGCACUGUUCGCAUCGCUGCCCGACCCCAUCCUCGGCGGGAUGUUCUGCACGCUGUUUGGCAUGAUCACGGCCGUCGGCCUCUCCAACCUGCAGUUCGUCGACAUGAAUUCGUCCCGCAACCUCUUCGUGCUGGGCUUCGCCAUGUUUUUCGGGCUGACACUGCCCAACUACCUGGAUUCCAACCCCAAGGCCAUUAACACAGGCGUCCCCGAGCUGGACCAGAUCCUGACGGUGCUGCUGACGACCGAGAUGUUUGUGGGGGGCUCCAUCGCCUUCAUCCUGGACAACACCAUCCCAGGGACGCGCGAGGAGCGGGGACUGGUGCAGUGGAAGGCGGGCGCGCACGCUGACAGCACGUCCUCGGCCAGCUUGAAGAGCUACGACUUCCCCUUCGGGAUGAGUGUGGUGCGGAGGUGCCGCUGGCUGCGGCAUGUGCCCAUCUGCCCGCUCUUCACCGGGUUCAGCUGGCGGCCGAGGAAAAGCCGCGCGGCGGCCGAGGGCGUGCAGGACAGCGCCGACGGCCUCGUCGUCUGCACCAAGGUGUGAGCGGGACCCGGUGCGCCUCGGGCCCCGCUGCUGGAGGGCACAGGGUGGGGAAGAGCCGAGCCGAGCGCCUGGGGUCGCACCAGGCAGCAUCGCUGGGGGGCUGCGAGCAUCCCCCACAGCCAGCACCAAGGCUUCUUUCGCUCCUCCUGAAUGUGGGGCUGGGGGAAUUUGGUUGCCUUUUGGGGACAUCACUGGCUUGGCUUUAGCUAAAUCUAGUGUGCAGAGCCCAUCUUGGGGGCUCCUGCAGAUGGUAGAGCUACCCAGGCGCCGGCCUCAGCAUCAGCAGCCCCCGUGCGAUUGCCCCAGCUCAGCCUCCUGCUGGCUUGAGACAUGUUCAAAGCUUUGCUGAAGCCCGUCAGUUCUGAUCAGAGGCACUGGGACCGGCCAGGGCCAAGGGUUUUCACACCACGCCCUUGGCCGCAGCAGGGCUGCACAGCGGAUGCAGUUGGCUCUGUGCUGGGUGCAGCAAUCAGACCGGUCUAUUUUAAGAUUCUGCAUUAAAAAAACAUCCAAACCCACUUGC